UUUAUCAAAUUUUCAGAUGGACAAUCAAGAAGACAAUGGGAAGACAUCAGAUCAGAUAAUCCAUGAAUUGCUGGAGACAUUUGGAGUAAAAGAAGAGCCUCUCCAAAAGUCAGACUCAAAAGAAGGAUCAUCAAGUAAAAGAAAGUCAAGGAAAGAGAAGAAGAAGAAGAAAAAGAAGAGAAGACAUGAAUCAAGUUCUGGGAAGUCAAGAAAGAAGCGAAAAAGCAGUGAUACCUCAGAUGAUACUGAUAGUGAUGAUGAGGAUUGGGUAGAAAGAACUUUCCUCUCAGGAAGUGACUCAACCAAGUUCAACCUAGGAGGCAUUCAAAAGACUCAAAUAAAUGGGGAGGAGCAAGAGAAGCCUGUGAUGAAAAGUAAAACCCCAGCUUCAGGAGAGAAACUAGGAAUCUAUUAUUCAGAGUCGAGCCAUGACUCCAAUGAGGAUUUUAGUGGCAUCCCUCAGCUAGUGCCACAAGACACAAAUUCAAAAUUGUCACCUAGUCAGGAGAUAGGGGAGCAGCAGCAGUCAUCUCUUCAUUCAAAAGACAAAAAGAUCCAGAUAAAGAAUCUGAAGUUCAGUGCAGUGUAUCAACAGACAUUGAAGGAGGUGGAAGAAAGGGAGGCCCAGAGAAGAGCAAAAUAUGAAGAGGGAGAACUGGAGAGUAGUGCUGAGGAAGAGCAACAAGAUAAUGUAGUUGAAGGUGUAGAGGAGAACACAGAUGGAGAGGUGAAGAAUGAGGAAGAUGCCAUCCCAAACAGGAAAGAGAAAAGGGAAAAGAAGCAUAUUGGAAAAAAACAGAAACAGAAGAAGGAUGGUACUCACCAAGGAAAGUGCAACAAAUAUAAAACAUCAUCAUGGAGUCAAAGGUGCUCCAGCAAGGAUAAAACUUCAAAAAAGGACAAGAGAAGGGAGAAACAUUGCAGACAAGAAGGAGAUAAGAAGAGCUGGGACGAGAGAGAUCACACAAGAGAACAUAAGAAACAAGAUAAUCUGUGUAAGGAGCAAGACAUAAGACAUGAAAGAAGUAUAGAAAAAAACCACAAAAGUCACGGCUGUGACCAUCGGGAUGCAAGUAAGAGGGAUAAGAACAGGAUGAAAGAGAGGAGUCGAAGUAGAGAGCGAGGCCAGAGAAAGCAGAUUUCUACAUCACCCAGAAGACACUCUCGGAGUCCUGAGCAUCGUCACAGAUCUACCUCUCCCUGGCGGAGGAGGAGGAGGAGAAGCCGAUCAAACAGUCACAGUCGAGGCUGGAGGUCCCGGUCUCCAAGACGGCGACAGCGAUCCAAGUCCCCUGAAUACCGGACAGAGAUAGACAAGGAGAAGCUUCUCCAAAUUGCUCGUAAAAAUGCUUUGAAGAUGCUUCAGCCUCACAACGUAGACCAACUGAAAGGGAUGGAUGUAGAGAAGCUACGGGCCAUCACAGCUGGUGGGAAGAGCUUGGAAGAGCUGACUGAAUUCUGCAAAAAACUGGUGGUAAUGGAAGGACUGGGCUGCUCAAGUGAGGAAGACAACAAUAACAGCAGGGAUGCUGCAUCAGAUGAUGAUGACAACAAGCCCUUCAUCCAUCAUCCUUUCUUGGUCAAAGAGAGACAGUCCCUCUCAGUUGUCAUUAAUGUCAAGUUACCUGUGAAGACCCCUCAGGAGAGAAUCUCAGAACAAGCCAAGCUUCGUCUUCAGUUUCCAGUGUCCAGCGGGUCUCAGCAUAGAAAAAAAGAACCAACACUGGAGUGGGAAGAUGUCAUCCCAGAGGAGAAGGAUGGUAAGAAGGCAAACAAAGAAGAGGAGAAGGUGUUUGAAGACAUUGAACCACCUACAAAGGUGAUUAGUGAUAUUGUAUCCCAGCGCCUGAAUGCCAUUCGCCGUCUCCAAGAAAAUCCCCAUGAUGUUGAAGCCCUGAACAUGAUGUACAAGGCUCAGGAAGAGAUGAGCAGCUGGGCAAAGAGCAAAGAACUCCCUGGUCAAUUCACAGGUCAUACAGGUGCAAGAGUCCUGUCUCAACAGGAACUGAACCAGGGCUUUCAGGCCUGGGCCAGGAAGGACCAGUUGGUGUCUGCUGCCCCAUCUGACUGUGUUGCUGGUCGGAGACUCUUGGAGAAGAUGGGAUGGAAACCAGGAGAGGGACUGGGGAAGAACAAAGAGGGCACACUGGAACCCCUUUCUAUGGAAGUGAAGAUGGACAAACGAGGACUGGUGGCAAUGGAUGAAUUGCAUCGGCCAGUCCCCAGUCAUGCUCCACUGGCCCUAGUCAACUUGGGUGAUCUCUCAGGGAAGCACCCAGUAUCAGCACUGAUGGAGCUUUGCAGCAAGCGGAAAUGGGGACCUCCAUCAUGGACCACCAUGGAGGAAAGGGGACCUCCACACCAGAAAGUCUUCCGGUUCAAGGUGUUGGUGAAUGGGCAGGAGUAUAUGCCAGAGAAGCCAAGCCCCAAUAAGAAGACAGCCAAGGCAGAUGCUGCCACUCUGACCAUAGCUGCCAGCCAAACCUGGCACUGGCACAGCCAGCCAAAGAUGGAACUUGUUGUUCCCCCAUUGCAAGAGAAUGCAGCAUUUGAGUUUCAACCAAUGUGGUGUGCCUGUUCACUGAAUGACAACAUGCACUUACCAAGUGUCAAGCAGGAACUCGCCUAUCUUAGAAAGCAGUAG